UAUUGGCAUUUCUUCUCAGUGUCGUGUGUCUAAUUUGCAGCACGUUAAACCAAUAGCAGAAGGCAAGGUAUAGCAUUUGGAUGCUACGGUAAAGUUCAACAGCCGCCUAAGGGCUUCGACCAGACAUGUACUUUAUUAUGAGAGUUGCAGGUUUAGGAUUACAACCAGAUUUAAGUUGCUCUGUUUUUCCUUAGCUAAACACACAGAUAUGACUGCUGAAAACAAGACAUAGAAUGCUUAUAGUAAAGUUGAAAUGGCUGUCUGGACAUUGCUACCGUUUCGAAAAUGCAACAGAAUUUUGAUCUUACUGGCAACGUUGGGCGUUAUAUGGAAUCAGAUACGAAUCAUUGAACGAAUUUCGUUCGCUCAUAGCCUCGAACAAAAGCUAGACGACAUAAGUGAAAAGAAUCGAGACUUUGUCAACGAGAUUGGAAUCCUCACUCGGAGAUUGAACUCCGCUUCCCAGGAUUGGGCUGAAGCCAAGACGUCAAUCAAAGAGUUGGGGAGGGGUGGGUACAAAGCAAGGUCGUUGGUACUGUGGGGGGUGGGUGAAAGUAAUGGAGAAGAUAAGGAGGAAUGGGUCAUUGAUCUUUUGGGCAAGUUCCUAAACGCGAGAAUAGAAGCAAAAGAUUUGGAAUCUUACAGAAGAAUCGGCAUUCGUAGUCUUGCAGCGCCAAGACCCCUGUUAUUAGAACUCUCGAGCGCCGUAAUUAAGAGAAAUCUUAUGUUAGCAAUUUCUUCACAAUAUUUGUAUCCUAUAUUUGCGAGUGAUGACGUCAUCGAAGAUUAUGACGUCACCGAUAAAAGUUGUACGAUGAAUAUCAAGUCAAUAGGUGCAGCCACUGAAAUAGCAACAGUUGGUGGACCAUUUGGCGCGGUGAUAAAACAUACGUCAUACAUUGAUGACGUCACGAGAGAUGACGUAUUGAACACAACUAUAAUCAGGCGUACACCUGACCCUCGUGUAUGGAUAGCAAGACGAGAUUCAGGGAACCGAGAUUUACUGGAAUAUCGAAGUGCAGAGGAUUUACGUAAAGGUGUUGUCCCGAUAGCGAAUUACACACUUCCCUACCCGUGGUAUGGGACCGGCCACGUCAUUGUUUCUGGUUGUCUCAUAUACGUCAGAUCUCGCACAAACUUCUUGGUUAAAUACGACCUGCAACUAAGGACCAUGGUCCGCUACAGACAACUCAAACACGCAAAACAUGGUGAACCUGGUUCGGAUAACGAGGGGUGUCCGUAUGAGUCCGGUCACCACUCCGAAAUUACAUUGCAGGCGGACGAGUUCGGUGUAUGGGCAACUUAUUGUUCAAGCAGUGGCAGCAGCAAUAUGAUGCUUGCAUUGAUAGAUGUGGAUACAUUGAAAGUUAUCAAGGAAUGGGACACAGGUUGGAGAAAGAACUUCUUUGAAGCGAUGUUCGUUGCUUGUGGAGUCGUGUACGCUAUUAGAAAGUUCGAGUCCCGGCCUCACCUGCAAAUCAAAUACGCUUUCAACACAGUUUCUUCAAGCGCCUUGAAGUCACCAACUAGUCUCUCUAGCUCCGUUGGUGUCGACAAAUCAUACGGACGUAUAUCCCAGCUAACCUAUGAUCACGUGGAUAAACAACUCCUUAUUUGGACAAGAAGAGGCAAUCUGUUAACACUGCCAGUAAAUUUUGAUUAUUAUACUCACGAUCGAUUUAGAUAGCGCUCAUAAAAGUAACUACGUGUUUUAAUAUAUACUGUGGUAUAUUACACUGAAUUUCCAAAACAGUUCUUCUGGUAUUUGUUUGUGUAUUGACGUUUCAACGUUCUAUACAUGUCAUCGUCAUCAAUGUUUUAGCAUUCAACCUAACGAAUACGAGCUUUAUAGGAAGUCGAAACGGCGAUCUGCAAAUAAAUGUCAAAAGAACUAUUUUACAAAACAAGUAUAUACUUGUUUUUACGUAUUAUUUAACACAUAACUCGUUAUAUACAUAGCAUUUAUAAGUUAUAUCUUUCUAAAUAUUAGGAGCAUAAUUCAUUGCAAUCUGAUUUUUCUUGUAAGUUUUUCAAUGAUAUAAGUUUGGUUUACCCACAAAUAUUUAAUUUAUUUAACCAACAAUAUAGCCGUCGCAAGCUGAGCAUUUCGUCUUGUUCUAAUCACUUUGAGCCUGUAUAAACGUUCCAUGCUAUUUACCUAUAUUGAAUAAAAG